GGGCGGGCACCUCCCCGGCGGCGCCCCCGCUCCUGACGGCGUUUCCGGGCGGGGGGAGCCGGGUUGUGCGUCCGGGUUGAGUCGGCCCUAGCGAACGGUUUCGUCUUGCGUUCCCUCCUCCGCCGUUUUCACUCGUCGUCGCUGAGGCGGAGCCGCCGCCCACCCCGCUCCCGCCGGCGCAUUUUUAUAAACAUAGCUAUUUGCUUUGUUUAAAGGAUCAAUAGUUUCCUGAUAAGCCAGAGAGUCACCUGAGACACAAAGAUGUUGGAAGAAGAUAUGGAGGUGGCCAUCAAGGUGGUAGUAGUAGGAAAUGGAGCUGUUGGGAAGUCCAGUAUGAUUCAGCGAUAUUGCAAGGGGAUUUUUACAAAAGACUACAAGAAAACUAUUGGUGUAGAUUUCCUGGAAAGACAAAUCCAAGUUAACGAUGAAGACGUCAGGCUGAUGUUGUGGGACACUGCAGGUCAAGAAGAGUUUGAUGCAAUAACUAAGGCCUACUACAGAGGAGCCCAGGCUUGUGUUCUUGUGUUUUCUACAACUGACAGAGAGUCCUUCAAAGCAAUCCCUACCUGGAAAGAGAAAGUCAUGACUGAAGUUGGAGAUAUUCCCACGGUUCUUGUGCAGAAUAAGAUUGAUCUUCUUGAUGACUCUUGUAUUAAGAAUGAAGAGGCAGAAGCACUGGCAAAAAAGCUAAGAUUAAGGUUCUACAGAGCGUCUGUGAAGGAAGACCUGAACGUGACGGAAGUUUUUAAGUAUUUGGCUGAUAAAUAUCUUCAGAAGCUCAAGCAACAAACAUCUGAAGAUCCAGAACUAGUACAUACAAGCAGUAACAAGAUUGGUGUUUUUAACACAGCUGGUGGAAGUCACUCCAGCCAGAAUUCUAGCACUCUUAAUGGUGGAGAUGUCAUCAACCUUAGACCGAACAAACAGAGGACCAAGAAAAACAGAAAUCUUUUUAGCAACUGCAGUGUACUUUAGACCACUUUGGAGGGAAAAAACCACAAAACCAAAAAAACAACCAACAAACAACCCAGUGAAUUGGAUGAAGUUGUGCAAUUGGAUACAUAGUAAAGCCAGCUGCAGAGAGGUAUUUUUACCAGUGCUUUAGCAAAUCUUGUGCCUAUGGGAUCCUUGACAGGACGGGUUUAUAUGAACUCGCUGAUGGCAGCGGUUUUGGGUGUGUGGAGUGAGACACCUGGUGGCAAAACACAGAACCGGGGCUGCCCCGUGCACUUUGUAAAAAUUAGGCAAGCUUCUCCUUGUGAGGGAAUUAUUUACAGAGCUAUGAGCUAAGUAUUGCUGAAUUGCAAAGCACAUUUAAUGUACGGAUAACACAAGAAUAGGUACAGACCAUGACAUUAAGGCCCAAAGUAAAAUAGCAACCUUGCAACUAAAUUUCAAAGAUGAUGUUAGAAUUAGUUAGUCGGGACACAAAGAUGAUAAAUGAAAAGCAAAAAGAAGACAUAACAUUUUAUGCUUGACCAUAUUAAUAUGGAUUCUGGCAGUUCUGGUAGUACUUGUGUAAUAUAUAUGAGUGCUAAGGUAUAUAUGUAAACGUUUGGUAUGAAUUGGAAUAGGCUAAAUUCCAGUGUAAACUCCAUGUUACUUGGAGAUCAGUUAAUGAUCAUGAAAUAGCGUUUUCCAGAAAAUAUUUAACUACAUUUCAGAUGCGGCUUUCCCAGCUGCCACUGUGUGCAUUUAACUUGCUAUACUUUGGGCCUAAAAGCUUAGAUUUUAAAAUGUAUGGUGCCAAAAAUGCUCCUCCUUUUUACCUAAUGCUGUGCUACAGAUGUUUUUGUAAGUUUGUUUUUCUCAGUGUUAACAGGUUGAACAAAUAACAGAGUCUUUGACACUAAUAGCUAUUCAGAAGGAACAUACAAUAUAAUCACAUUCCUGUUCAAAUUUGUCGUAUCCUGUGUUGUCUAUGAAAAGGGAACUUGCAAAGUGGUGUCACAAAAUUGUUCUCUUAUUUGGAAAAAUGUUGAUAGAUACCAUAAAAUAAGACAUGGAGGAUCAAAAAAAAAAUGCAGCUGAUUGAAUUACAUUUGUGAAUGUUGCCUCAGAUUCAAAGUUAGCUGCUGGUUACAGAAAAUCUAGUUCUGCAAGAUCAGAGACAUGGCAAAAAUUCUCCGAGUGCUUAAGUGAUUGCACAGAAUUGAUUUAGAUGUUUAGGAGCUCAAAUCUAAAUUUAAGUUAUUUGGACUUGGGCUCCUAAAUCACUAAGGUGCUUUCAAAAAUGCUAAGCAAGGUAUCUUUUAUUUACCAAAAAUAAACACUUUUUAAUCCUCUUUGAGAGCACGCCUGCCUUUAAAAAAAUCUCCAUUUUGUUUACGUGGUUUUGUAUGGUAUGAUAUAAUUUUAACUUUCUAGGAUUUCUACAACAAACCUGUCAGUGACAAAUGCAAAAUAUGCUGCUUGAAAAAAAAAUAAAUCAAAGUUUUAAUAGUUUUUUAAAUGGUGUAUGAGAACGAAAAUGAGUUGAGCGAUGCUGUAUAUUUUUGGAAGAAGGACUUUUCACUGUGUGAAUUCAUGUAGGGGGCUUGACUGACUUUGUCUUUAAGUCAAUGAGUACGAAAACUGAAAUGCACUCUUGCCCACUGUCUGCAGGGGGAGAAGUGGGUGGUAAGUUAUGCACAAACACUAAAGAUCUCUGAACUCUUUAUUUUGUGUUUACUACAUUAGACUUUGUUUCUUGCUGAGCUGUAAGAGCAUCUCCUGUUGCUGGCCGGGAGGCGGCUGUCAGGGCGCUCCAUCCCUUUGCUUUUGCAGCAAAACUGUGUGUUUGUCACUAAUGUUUCCCGUAUUUUCUCUUGGAUAAAGGCCUAUAUUUUUUAACAAGUGCAUUUAAUCACUGUAUGAGUGUGUAAAUGGAUUCAAGUUCUAUCUGUCUUAGCAAUUUAAGAAGCAAGGUACUUGGGAUAAGACUUAAUGAUUGUACAUCGUGGGGCCACCUUACAGCAUCGUGAUGCAGGUCAGAGUGUGUGCACGAACCAGUUCGACAACCGUUUUUUAAUAUGGAAGCUUUUACAUUUUGUUGUCCGUCUGUUGUUUUCACAGUUUUUAUUCAUUUUUCUUGAAAAAAGUGUCCGAAACAUCUUUUUUGCCCUGUUUGACUUUGUACAGAGUACUGAAAAGUAAGUCUUUAUUACAUAUAAUGACCAUUUCUACUAUUACAUGUUAUACUGCAGACAUUGUACAAUUACAUAAGCCAUUUGUAUUUAAGGUCUGUCAUUAUAAACCUCUGUUUGAAAACUCAGUAGAAAUUUUCAUAGGUGGAGACUUGACAGACUUGCUAAAUUUAGGAUACAUUUGAAUUCAGUACACAUAUGCUUUUAAUGUAGGAAUAUGUAUUUGCAGCACUGGGUAACAGUGAGUUUUAAUUUCAUUCCUGUCUUCAAUCUAAAGUGGCUCUUCCUUUGUUGUGACUUUGCAGUGCCUGGUCUCUAAUAUAGACAGAGACUGUCCAAAUCAGCAGUUUUUGGAGAGUGCUCUGCAUGCGCGCUGAUUGAAAAUUUUGGUUUUUAUCUUAUUGGGAUUAGUGUGUAGAAGUAAACCAGAUGACGUGCACGUUGCAGGGAUCCUUAGGUAUUCUCAUCACUCUUCAGCGGGAGUAACUCGCCUUUUGGAUGAAGAGAUGUUGCCUAAACGCGUGGCACUCGCCUUGUCCCCUGGGAGUGAUUUUUGUUUUGGACGUUCCCCUGUUCUCCACUCAAAGCGAUCUCAUUAAAAUAUCAUUGUUUUGGUUACCAAAACGUCCAGCUGCAGAGCUGGUACUACCAAUGCCCUUCUCUGUGCAAUUGUGAGACUGCAUGGAAGGGGACACAGCUGUCACACCUGUGGCAGGUCAGCAUCCUGCACUGGGAGCAGCAGAUGUUCCUACAAGACACCGAGUUUCUUUCCAUGAGACAAAGCUAAUUGCACUUCUCUUAUCUCUUAAUACCUCUUGAGUAGCUCAUUGGAUGUAUUAUCUGAAUGUUGCCAAAAUCCUUUGCUUUCGGCCGGUAAUGCUACCACUAGUAGAAAAAUUCAGUAACUCUUAAUGCCUUGGUGAAAUAAACGUUUACUAAAGAGUGUGACACGGAAGCGUCUGUGGCUCCGUGUUGUGUCCAUUCAGUGAAUGGGUGUUCUCCCAGCCCGUGGGGGCAUCAUUUGAUGCAAAGCGGUAAUGCCAGCGGGGAUGUAUUUCCAACUGGAAAGAACAGAUCUCAAAGUUGUAAGACUGAUCACACUAAGGUUUUUGUGCUUGUGUGUGUGGUUAUUUUUUUUUUUAAUUAAAUAUUCCACAUAAGACAAUUUUGGAGCUUUCUUAUUUUCAGUGUUUCUUAAGGCAAUGCUUACCUUUUUGAGUUAAAAUGCCUGGAUUGCCACACUGUCAGUCCGAUUUCCUGGAGGGUUUUUUAAUGCUUCAGUAGAAUUUGUGUUGGUUUUGUUUUUCUCUCCAUUACUGGGCUGCAGCAUAUCUGACACAUAGUCUUUCUUUGCAUCACUUCUGUAGAUGUACGUUAUACUAAAGGGAAUUGAGCAUCUUACGGUGUUGUAGUGCCUGGAGGUUACUCAGGGGCUGCGUGCACAACACUCAGUGAACUUUGAACUUGUUAAUUCCUCUGUUCAAGUUGAUAGCUACGAGGUAAUAACAGAAUCAGUGAUUUGCACUGCAGAACCCCCUUGUGGGAAUUCAGUCUUGCUGCUUGGAUUCCAGUGAUGGUACCCAAGCCCCUGCUGCUUUUCUAAAUGUCAUCACAGGGGAGUCCUGGUACUGAACUAGACUCACUCUCGGGUUUCUAGUAGUCGGAUGAUACUGAUGAUUUGUGGAGUGAGUGUUCUUUCUUCUCUUCCUGAGAUAAAUGUUGUUCAGCAAGACUGACUAAAGUUGGUCAAAAAGUAGUAAAAAUCCAGACCAGGAGAAAUACCAUUCCCAUUGCAAGGAUGAAGAUGCAUCGUUACUAAUAGAUUACUUACUCUUAUUUGCAAGUUCAUGUGAAUCUGAAUGGUUAAAACAGAUAAUGUACGUAACUGUUUUUAUCACCAUCGUGAUCUCAAGUGAAUGUAACAUAUUUUUAAGGAAAAAAAAGACAAUGUACAGUAAUCCUCAAGAUGAAAAAUAAAUGUUUAAAACUAAA